GCCCCAGUUUGGUGAGGACCCACUGUGCAUCCCAACCUUGGGAGAGUGGGUGUCUCUACCAAAGUCUUGAAGUUUCUCCUCAACCCAGGCCAGUGAUACCCACUCACCUUGCCCUGGUGAGAAGACCUGCCACUACAUGGUCAGAGACCCAUCAACUAAGCUUCCUCGAAAACCAAGAUGAGCCAAACUCAAGUUGAGAAGUCCGUGAUGGACUUGGUCGUCCUGUUCCACAAAUACACCAAACCUGAUGACAAGAUUGACAAGCGGGGCCUGCUGAAGAUGCUGAAGGAGAAUUUCCCUAUAUUCCUCAAAUCCUGUGACAAAAAGGGCAAUGAUUUCUUGGACCAUAUCUUUGAGGAAAAGGACAAGAAUAAGGAUAAGAAGAUCGAGUUUUCCGAGUUUCUGUCGGUGUUGGGAGUCAUAGCCACCGACUACCACAAUCAGAGCCACGGAGCCCCACCCUGUUCUGUAACCCACUCCUGUUCCGAUGGAGGACACUGAGCCCAGCCCAGCCUGAGGCCCCCAGAAACCACAAGAAACAAUAAAGUGUCUCUUUUGCCCAGA